CGUAAGCAUGGGAAACGAUAAUUCAGAGGCGAUUGUCAAAAACUUUGAAAACAUGCUGUCCAAGGAACCAAAUAUGUCUCCAGCUGUCACGGCGUUGCGUGUACUUCUGGAAUUCUUGGAGAAAGACACUUCGAAGACCAUCAACGGUUUGAUCGAGGAGUUGAAAUCUGCCGCUGACGCUAUGGUAGCAGCGAAACAAGCUGUCAUCUGCGUUCGUUCUGCCUGCGAACUUUUCCUUCGCUUCGUGACUUUGAUCAAACUGGACGACGACAUCGACGAAUGCAAGAAGCUCAUGUCCACACGGGGACGGACCUACCUGGAAAAAAUCGACGCUGCCCGACCCAAAAUCGCGCGUCUCGUAGUGCCUUUCAUCCUCGACCGAUCCACCAUACUGACACACUCGACGUCGCGCGUCGUCAGGGAUACUCUCUUAGAAGCCGCGAAAGGAAGCAAACAUUUUCACGUUUACAUCACCAAAUCCGCACCGGAUGACAGCGGCAAGCAUCUAUACGAUGUCCUCGAGAAGAACGGUAUAAGUUGCACGCUGAUCGUGGACGCUGCAGUGGGGUACAUCAUGGAAAAGGUUGACGUGGUUCUCGUCGGAGCAGAAGGCGUCGUUGAAAGUGGCGGAGUCAUCAACAAGAUUGGGACCUACACGUUGGCCAUGUGCGCCAAGGAGAAAAACAAGCCGCUGUACGUGCUUGCGGAGAGCUUCAAGUUUGUCCGCAUGUACCCUUUGAAUCAGAGGGACCUCGCGGGCAGCUUGCGCCAGACGGAGGAAUCUACCGCGAUGGUGGAUUACACUCCGCCGGCGUAUGUGACUUUGCUGUUCACGGAUUUAGGUAUUCUAACACCUUCCGCCGUGAGCGACGAGCUCAUCAAGCUGUAUGUGUGAAAUAAACGCUUUUCGCA